AUGGCUCCCUUGUCGGCCAUAGUGCCCUUCUCCCCCUUCUCCCCCUCGGGCGAGUGGCAGUGCUGCGCCUGCGGCGGCCGCCACUACAUGCACCGGACGCGUUGCGUGCGCCGCUGCAACCACUGGGCCUGCGGUGCCUGCAUAAUCUUUGACCGCCGCGGCGAGCGCGUCCCGCCGCUCUCGUCGGGCCGCCGCAUCCCCGUCAACUGGGCCUGCGCCAACGCCAUGCACCGCGGCGGGACCGAGGCCCUGCACUCGGUGGCCGAGCUGCUGACGCUGGCGGACGGCGACGACGACGAGGGUGGCGCGCGCUGCUGGUGCGGCGACCCGGCCUUCGACCCGGCCGCCGUCUACGACCACUGGGGCAACCUCAUGGGCGACGACGUCGUGGCCGCCGAGGCGGGCGUGCUGGACUUUGACGUUGUUCUGGACGGCCAGCCAAGGACUGUUUUUGCGCUCGCCGACGAUGAUGGUGGUAGGGAGGCGGCUGCCGCGUUUUUGCGCCAUCAUCCGGACGUAGGGGCGUGGGGACCCGUCUUGCAGGAGCUGGCUGCGAACCGGGCCGCAAAGGCUGCUGCUGCUGCUGCGGCUGUGGCGGCGGAGGCGGCGGAGGCGGCGGCGGCGGUGGAGGCAGCGGAGGCAGCGGCAGCGGUGGAUGCGGAGGCUCGCGCUGGUAGCAAAAGUCCCGGUCCCGCCGACGCCCGGCUGCCGACUCCGCCGCCCGACGAGGGCCGCCUCGCUGCCCGGGUGACACGGAGGAGGACCAACCCGCGGUCGUCUCCGGCGCCGGGCGAGGAGGGAUCCAGUGCUGCCAAGGCCGCCAAGGGCAAGACUACUGCAGCCACGCGGAAGAGGCGCCGGGACGGGGACGACGACGUCCCGGCUCUGGCGGGCCGCAUAACGCGGGCCAAGGUCGAGAAGCCGAAGAAGAGGGCGAGGAGCAAGGGGCAAAAGGCAAAGGCAUGAAUGAAUUAGAAUACUUAUACGCGUACUUUGGUUUCAUUGACAAGCGUUUCUUUUUGUGCGACGGGAAAAACAGUAAAUGCC